AUGAGGAACAUGGAAGUCUACUUGUCUCCCUUGCCCUUAUCAUUACCAAGUCCAGAUAUGCCCACCUUGGACCUCCCAGGUUCUGCUGUUGCCACCACCCAGGCGACAGACGUAUGGCCGAAGAAAUCCCCCUUUACUUGCACAACCUGCAGAGCACGCAAAGUUCGCUGUAAUGGAGCUCGUCCGCAUUGCUCAAAUUGCCAGCGACUGGCACUUCCAUGUUACUAUGACCCGACAGGAUCUGAUCACUGGAAUAUAAAUCUGCCCCGACGCAGAGUUCGCCAAGCAUGUCUUAACUGCCAUAGUCGCAAAGCAAAGUGCUCUGGACAUGUUCCGUCCUGUGAAAGAUGUCGAAAACAAGGUUUGGAGUGUAUUUAUAAGGCACAGAAACGAUACUUUGCCGGCAGAUUGUCAGUAGACCUCUCCACGCUGGCAACUGGUCCCAGUGGCGCAGGAGGCUCACACGACGAGAGCGACGCCGCUGAUACUGAUUCUGUGGAGGGCCAAGGUAAUAUGAAUAUUGACACUGAUGAACCUCCCAAGAAUGAAUCAUUCAAUUCGAUUGUUGAGAAGACUAUGGAUCAGUUCUUCCGCCACGUUCACCACAUACCCAUGUUUUCCUUCUUUCACAGAGCCUCAUUAAUGGAAGAAUAUCAUGCUGGAAAGAUGGACAAGGCACUCUUGUUAGCCUUGAUUGGUAUCACAUCAUGCUUCAAUGACAUGGGGCCUGGGAUGAAGGAGUAUGGCGAUCGAUGCAUCGACGAAGCCGAAUGUCGAAUAUUAAGCGAGUAUACCGUGCCAUCGACUAUCAAGGUCCAGGCUUUAGUAUUGAUCAUAAAGCAUCGGAUUCUCAGCAACAGAUUCCCAAGUGCAUUUAUGCUCUACAGCACUGCGUCUCGCUUCGCUACGGUAUUGCGCCUUAGCCAUGAAAGCCCACAGCUGUGCUUUCUAGCACAGGAGUCACGGAGACGGCUAAUGUGGUCACUUUAUUGUUUGGAUAUUGCUAUAUCAGGUGGAUUCGAAGAGUUCUCACUUUGGAGAGCCGACCGCAUAAACGUGGGAUUGCCUUGUAACGAGCGCAACUUUGAAUUUGACCUUUCACAGCCAACCGAACGAUUAAUACCCGAUCCGUCAGAAGGCUCACCAAAGCCCCAUGCGGAAGGAGUCGCCAGCUUAGCACUACACGUUCGAAUACUCUACCUGCGGCAAAAGGUCAAUGAAUUUACGAAAUCCGCUCUUGUUAGUCGCAGUGCUGCAGCGGUGGAUCUUCAAGCUGGAAUUAAUUCACUACAGCAAGAGCUCGAGGAUUUUGCAGCGCGUCUACCAGCUUCUUUUCAGUUUUCCGACAACUCUCUGCGACUCCGUGCCUAUUCUCCUCGCAUUUGUAUAUUUAUCAUGAUCCAUGUCUGGUGGCAUCAAUGCCACUGUGAUCUCUAUCGACUUGCAUUAACUGGUUUCCGAGACGCUCUCCCACCUUCGACUUUUGAGUCCUUUGAUCCUCAAUUCCUCCAACAGUGCCAAAAGCGAUGUGUGGAACAUGCUAGCUCAAUGGCCGGGAUAUUUUCAAAGUUGCAAAAGCUGGGUGCAAAGCCGGUUGCUGAUUUGGAACUUGCCGUCUGUGCAUCACAAUGUGCCCGGAUGCUCUACUAUGCGUACAGACUGAAACCGAACGAGUUUGGGAUUUCAGCUGACGCUGUUAUUGAGCAUGCCAACGCUUGCUUAGAAGCUAUAAAGCAAUGCUGCAGGGGAACAGCAGCACGCAUGAUACAAGAGGACUUGGCAAGAAGCAUAGCUCGUGGUAUUAAUUUUGAGUCAAGCUCGCCUUUAAUCUUGUCACAGGUGCCCGAUCAGAGUAGUCAAAUUGGACUACUACCAUCACUGGCGCUGCCGGCACAUCCUGUCCUACGAGAUAUCCAAGUUGGUGACGAGCCUGCAGUAUUAGGUUCUCCAAUGCAGAAAGGCAGUCCCUCGCCCAGUACAGCCCAAAAUUCAAUCACACGGCCCUCCUCACCAUGGCCAGCAGACUCUACAAUAUUGCAACACACGGUUCUUUCGGGACCCAGUGACCUCCUACCUGGGAACAAGCAACGCGAGACGAUCAGCUAUGACGAACAGAAUAUUGCCAGCACUCAAGGAGAGUUGAGCAACGCGUAUGAAGGCGCAUUAGAGGGCCUAGGACUUGAUAAUGGAUUAGAUUUCGCCAUGGGUAUCUUCGAUACGAGUCGAAUGUGGCUGUCCCCCAACCUAGAAUGGAUGGGCCAGCCGGAGAGUAAUAUAUAG